CCUGUCCUUCUAUAACCAUCUUUUAUUAGCUCAAAGGGUCACAGGGCUCUACCCGUGGUGGUACAAAGCUAGUUCUAUUUAAUAUUUAAUAAUCGUUUCCCAUACCAAUCCCUUUUAUCAUUUAAUGUCUGGCCUCGCCGCCGAGUCUACUAUCGUAGUCGAGUGUCUGACUUACCGUCAUGUUCCCAGUGAGCCCCCUUCCUUGGAUAACAUCACUUUUCAUCUCCGCCCUGGAUCUCGAACAAUCUUGGUUGGCGCCAAUGGAGCCGGAAAAUCUACCCUCCUGCAGAUCUUGGCGGGUAAAAGAUUAGUAAACGAUGCUGAGAUACGUAUCAAAGGCCUAGAUGUCUUCAGAGAUUCCCCGCCAGGCGUUACUUUUUUGGGCACGGAGUGGGCAAUGAAUCCAGUAGUCCGCAGUGAUAUCGUGGUAUCCACCUUCUUGGACUCCGUGGGAGGAUAUAAAUACAAGGACAGGAGAGACACACUUCUAGACAUUCUAGAUGUGGACUUAGACUGGCAUAUGCAUGCAAUUUCCGAUGGAGAACGUCGUCGCAUCCAACUUUGUAUGGGCCUUAUGGCACCAUGGGAUGUUCUUCUCUUAGAUGAAGUCACUGUUGACCUUGACGUCAUGGUUCGUGAUGAAUUACUUACAUUCCUCCGAGACGACAGUAUUGCCCGUGGAGCUACCAUUAUUUAUGCAACCCAUAUUUUUGACGGACUCAAUUCAUUCCCUACUCACGUCGCCCACAUGCGUUUCGGUUCCUUUGCCACAGAACCUACUGCAUGGCCAUCAGGCUUUACCAACGGUCCUCAGACCCCCACAUUAUACAACACUGCUCUGCAGUGGCUUAGAGAAGACCGUGAAUACCGCCGAGAACUUGAGAAACAGGGGCGAAAAAGUCGUGGUGCGAGAAAUGAGACUGUCCCUUCAGACUCUGAGACGUUCUACAAGAAAUAUGAUUAUGGCCAUUAAGACACCACGCUGCCAUAAGUUCUGUUGUGGACGACGCAUCAUUUGACAAUUAUAUCCGCUUAGUUUCAACAACCUGUAGCAAUAGCACUACAAGCCACACCUGUAUUCAACAUGCACCGCCUAAAAUACAACGUUUCUAUCCGGAGGAUCGCUCACAACUGGACACGCAUAUUCGGAUGAGCCUGAUGUGUGAGGAAAAUAAGACUGCAAGUCCCGGUAAGUAUACCGUACGACUCCGUAGAUGUGAUUAGCACGAGAAUUACAAUCAUAUUCUUUGUCCUU